AUUGUAUUUUUGUGGAUUAUCAAGAUAAAUAAUAUAACGGUAAAAUCGAAGCGCACUAAUAGACUGUAUACUGAUUCGACUUCAUUGAAACUACCUUAUACGAUUCCUUAUUAGGACACUGCUAUUAUUUGUUGAAGAGUUUAUAUAAAAAUAGCAAAUGAAUUAAUUAUAAAAAUAGACAACACUUUAUUACCAGUAAAUAGCCAUAUGGAUGACCCACAACUUAAAGCAGCGUUAUCAAUUAUAAUUGACAAAAUGGGAACAGCUUCAGGUAUAGCUCAAGAGUUGAAGAUUCCUAUUACAUCUGCUGAAAAACUUGAGCAUUCUGAUCAUAUAAUUUACUUGAUGAUUGAAACAUCUUCUGAAGGAAAUCCCAUUAUAGUUGGCUUACUAAAAAUGGGCUGGAAAAAAUUAUAUUUAUUUGAUAAAAAAGGAUCCCGUUCUGAAGAUAUGGUAUAUUGUUUAUUAGAUUUUUAUAUUCAUGAAACUAGACAACGUCAUGGUUAUGGUAUUACUCUUUUAAAUUAUAUGCUCAAAGAUAAUCAAAUACAAGCAAAAAAAUUAGCAAUUGAUCAACCAACAAAUAAGCUUCUUCAAUUUAUGUGGAAACAUUUUCAUCUAUCUAAAUUAGUUAAUCAAGGAAAUAAUUUUGUGAUUUAUGAAGAAUUUUUUGAUUCUUCCAAUGAUACACUUUCAGAAGUACACAGUGAAAAUCGUUCAUGUGGAUAUAAGAAUCAACCAACAUUUGGCAGACAUGGUGCUGCACGACAACAAGAUUGUAUGGCACAAAUAUUAUAUGGAAACAAAGAAGCUAUGUAUCUAGACUAUGUACAAAACAAAAAAACUAGUAAACCCGAAGAAGAGGAACAUAAGGAAAUAGAACCUAAAAUUGAACAGGUACAUCAUGAAAAUAACCAUUCUAACAUGGAUAAUAAUCAUCAAAAAUUAGAUAUUAAAAAUUUUCAUACUCAGUUGUGGUAACUUAAUGAUAUUUAUGUAAGCAACUAUUUUUUAAAUGAAAAAUAUUUAUAUUCAUUACUUGAAUUAUUUCCUAGUUAUAUAUUAAUUAGCCGAACAAAUCUUGUCUUGCUUUUACUCACCAAUUUAUUAUUUUAUAAUAUUAACUUAGUAUGUGUUAAGUGAAAUAAGAGCAAGGCGAGCAACAUAUAUUUUUUACAUUAUAAUCUUUUUUUUACAAUUUUUAUUAUUAAUAUACAUUUGUUUUCAAUCUAAUUAUUUAUUUUUAAUGUUAUCAAUUAUUAAAUAAAAA